AGGCAGGCAGGGUAUAAAGGCGCUGGCGGGCGGCGGAGGUGCCAGUCCGCUGAGGGUGAGCGCGGAGGAGCGUGUGUAGCUGGAGCCAUGGCUCGGGGUCUCAGUGUGUUGAUGCUUGUGCUGCUCGGACUCGCCGGCCUGGACGCGAUCCAAUCUGCCCCCAAAGUACAUGUGUACUCCCGCCACCCAGCGGAGAAUGGCAAGCGGAACAUCCUGAACUGCUUUGUGGAGGGGUUCCAGCCUCCAAACAUUCAGAUCACCUUGCUGAAGAAUGAUGAGAAGAUGGAUAACAUGGAAAUGGACGACCUUUCCUUCAGAGAAGACUGGAGUUUCCAGCGCCUGGUGCAUGUCCCAUUCACUCCUAAUGGGAAAGAUACAUAUGUAUGCAGAGUGGAGCAUAUCACCCUUGAAAGUCCCAAGAACGUCAAAUGGGAUGCAGAUAAUUAACCUGCAUCUUAGACACAUAUGCUUUUCAGGUCUGAAGAACUUCUGCCUUGCAAUCUGAAAUCAGCUUAAACCCUAACCCAUUUUCCUCUGUGCUCUUCACACCCCUCACUUAUUUUGUGUUGGAGCUGAAUAUAUAGCUUUAAACUGAUGCUAAAUAAUUUGUUUGGGGGUGGGAUGUUGGAUGUGGGGGUGGUCUUUUGAAAUUAAAAACUUGCUAGUGUGAAAUGUUAGAUUUGAGCCUGGGGCCCUCAUCUGUGUAUGACAGUGUGACAUUAGAGCUGGCCUCACACCAAAAUUAUCAAUGCUCUGUCUGCUUAGGUGGAAAACUUGGGUAAUCUGGUGGUGGACAUGUUUAUAGAAUCAUUAUAGAUCUUAUGCAAAGAUAAGCCAAACUUAUAUUGGUCAGUCUGGCAGGUGUGCUACUGCUAUUUAAACUGGCACUUGUAAAGUAAAUCCUAAACAUGUCUCAGGGUCUUUUAAGACCCAUGGAUCCUUCUUCUAAUCCAGCCAUGCUGUGCUCAUGGUAUUGAGAGAGAGAAUUUGCACUGCAAAUUUGGAAGAUUUUUGUCUUUCCAGUAGCUCCAGAACAUAAGAGCUAUAACAAGGUCCCAGUACAGCAGGGAUGGGGACAGCAUUGAGGGCUACCAGGGCCUGAGUGCAACACAUGUUGCCAAGCCCUUUGGGGUGAGCAAUAGUAGAGCUUUUAAGAACAACUCUUGGCUACAGCAUUUCUUACUAUAAAUGCCAAUCAAUUAAAAUAAUCAGUUAAAGCAAUAAAUCCAUGUGUGCAAGUCUGUUAAACAUUUUUGGACAAUCUGUAUGGAUCUGUUUUACUAAUUAAAAGGAGAGUGUAACACUUUGUAUGGUUCUUAAUUGUACAGAAUGACGUUUUGUCUUAAAUAUAUCUUUAAAAAAAAACAAAA